AUGCCUCCUGGACGCCUCCCUUCCCAUCGGGAGAACCCUGGGGAAGACCCAGGGCACGCUGGAUCCGAGGCAGACCGAGAGGGUCCCAAGCCCCAGGCAACCAGCAGCCACCACAGAGAACAGAACCGAGACAGCCCACCGCAGGAACGGCAAUGUGUCCUGACAGAUAGAGGCAGCGGAUGGUCGCAGCCAGAGAAUAAAUAUUUCAGGAUCAGGAAGCCAACAAGAGCGACUCCAGCUCAGUACUUCUCUAAGGACUUGAAAGAUACCCUGGAGUCCAUCGCGGAUGAGCUGAAGUUGACGCAGCCAGAGAUCGGCACUAAUCCUCUCUUUGGUUCUGUUGUGAGCAGCAUCAACAACUCCUGCCAGAGACAAACUGAAAUGCAGCUGAUGAACGCUACUCUGGAUGUCUACAUGCAAAUCUUCGGCAACAUCUUUCAACAUAUCCACCACAACCACCAAGACAGGAGCCAGAACGCCGGUGUGCUGGACCACCUCAGUACAACUAAGAGGUCAGAGGUCAUCUCGACACUGAAGUGGCUCCGGAGAGAGAUGGAAGAACUGAAGAGCCACAUGAGUUGCCAGAAUCAUAAGUCCCCGGAGGAUGUUUACAACAUGCUGAACAGAAUAAAGGUUGAUGACCCCGUGGUGCAGAGGAAGGCUCUGGCUGAGUUCCUCGAAGUCUACCAGGCAGCUUCUGUGAUCACCUGCAACCGCUGCUGAUCCCGCCCACGCCGAGUGACAGCCAAUCACCAUCAGCUCUGCCUGGAACAGGCUCUGCCAGCCCCUGUAACCUACAGGGAUGUUUCAUUUCUGUAUUAACUCACAAUAUUUUACAUGGUGUGUAAUAAUUUAUAACAAAGUUAAGCUUUAGCAGGUUUCCAUGUUCACUUUCACAUUUCUCAUAUUUAUUAUUUAAGGAGCUACUCAAGGCCAUUUUUCA